AUGUCCGUCUUCAAAAAGAUCAACAAACUUCCUCCUGACUCCCUCUUCGGUCUCAAGGCCCGUAUGUCUGCCGACACCCGUAAAUUCAAAGUCGAUUUGGGGAUCGGUGCCUACAGAGACAACUCUGGUAAACCUUGGAUUUUGCCAUCGAUCAAGAGCGCCGAAAAGAAACUCCAAGAAGACCCAACUUUCAACCACGAAUACUUGCCAAUUGCCGGUAACCCCAAGUUCGUUGACGCCGCAUUGCAAGUUCUUGUCAGUGAUGACGCAGUGUACCGUCAAAUCAAGGACAGAACCGUUUCUGCCCAAACCCUUUCAGGUACUGGUGCUUUGCACUUUGCCGGGACUUUCUUGAGCCGCUUCAUCAACAAGGCCCCAGAGGACAAAAUCAUUUAUGUUUCCGACCCAACCUGGGCUAACCAUAAACAAAUCUUUGAAUUGUUGGGAUUCCAAGUCAAGACUUACCCAUAUUGGAACCCUCUGACCAAAUCGCUCAACAUUAACGAAAUGUUGCAAACUAUUAACAAUGCUUCUUCAGGAUCAAUCUUCUUGUUGCACGCCGUCGCCCAUAAUCCAACCGGUUUAGACCCUACUAAAGAACAAUGGAACUUGAUUUUGGACGCCAUCAAAUCGAAACAACAUUUCCCACUUUUUGACAUUGCUUACCAAGGGUUUGCAUCCGGGUCCUUGGUCGAGGAUUCUUAUUCUUUGAGAUUGGGGAUCCAAAAGUUGUCGAACUCUCCAAUUAUGAUUUGUCAAUCUUUUGCUAAGAACUUGGGGUUGUACGGUGAAAGAGUCGGGGCGGUUCACUUGAUUUUGCCAGAAAUCUUCUCUAAGCACCCUGCGGCCACUGCCGUCAAGACCAACGUUGCUCCAGAUGCCGAAGAAGACCCAGAAGAGUUCAAAGAAGCCGUGGCGUCGCAAUUCAAGAAGAUCACCAGAUCAGAACUUUCUAAUCCUCCGGCCUACGGUUCGAAAGUCGCGGCUGAAGUGUUGACCGAUCCUCAAUUGCGCGCCCAAUGGGAACAAGAUCUUAAGACCAUGAGUAGCAGAAUCUACAGUAUGAGAGUGGCUCUUAGAGACGCUUUGACCAACAAAUACAAGACCCCAGGUAACUGGGACCACAUUGUCAAGCAAAUUGGGAUGUUUUCCUUCACUGGUUUGAGCAAGCAAGAAGUCCAAAGAUUGGAAGAAAAGCACGGGGUGUAUUUGACUAGUACUGGUAGAGCCUCGGUUGCUGGGUUGAACGAAAACAACGUUGACUUUACUGCUCAAGCUAUUGAUGAAGUGGUCAGAUAUUCUCUUAACCAAAAGUUAUAA